UAGCCUAGAUCGGGCUCGGCCCUCUUAAGGGGACAGGGCCGGCUGUAACCUUCGGGGCGAGCUGGGGGACAAGCGGGGAAGCCCGCACGGCGAGAGUAAGUAGCCGGUGCCUGCGCGUUGCUGCCCCGAGGCCGGGUGCCGAGGCCGGAGGACCUGGAUAUCUGGAAGGAGGAAUGAUGAGGCUGGAGACCCAAGCAGAGGUGUGCUCAUCCCUGAAGAUGUGGGGCCACAUCCCAUGUGGCACUGCCAGCUCCUUGAAAAAAUCAGCAAAUGCUCAUCCUACUUCCUCAUUCCUGGACAGUGGUAUAAGCUUUGGAUUUGCAGCUGAGGUCUUUCUGUGCUUUUCUGGGACUCUGACUUUGGAGCUGUUUGUGGGGACCCAGAAGUCAUUUUUUGGCCAGAGUGAUCUCCACAUUCUCCUCAGCCCCUGGAGGAGAAGCCGCCGGUGUCCCAAGGCUCUGGGAGGCAUGUUCAGGAAUGUGGCAGCCAUCUCUUUGCACCUGAUUGGGCCCCUCCAGAGAAAGAAGGCUGGAACUUCUCUCACUCGGUGCUUGCACCAGACUCUCACCAUGGCCACGCGGCUGCAGGCUCGCAGGCUGGACGGGAUUGACCACAACCCCUGGGUGGAGUGCACCAAAAUGGCCAGCGAGUAUGAUGCCGUAAACUUGGGCCAAGGCUUCCCCGACUUCCCACCCCCAGACUUCGCACUUCAAGCCUUUCAGCUGGCUCUCAGCAGUGACUUCAUGCUCAACCAGUACACCAAGGCGUUUGGUUACCCACCUCUGACAAAAAUCCUGGCAAGUUUCUUUGGGAAGCUGCUGGGACAGGAGAUAGACCCACUCAAGAACGUGUUGGUGACCGUGGGUGCCUACGGGGCCCUGUUCACAGCCUUCCAGGCCCUGGUGGAUGAAGGAGACGAGGUCAUCAUCAUAGAGCCAUUUUUUGACUGUUAUGAACCCAUGACGUUGAUGGCAGGGGGUCACCCUGUGUUUGUGACCCUGAAGCCGAGCCCCACCCAGGAUGGGGAACUGGAUUCCGCCAGCAACUGGCAGCUGGACCCCACAGAGCUGGCCAGCAAGUUUACUUCUCGUACCAAAGCCCUAAUCCUCAACACACCCAACAACCCCGUGGGAAAGGUGUUCUCCAAGGCAGAGUUGGAGCUGGUGGCCAACCUGUGCCAGCAGCACGACGUGAUAUGCAUCACCGAUGAGGUCUACCAAUGGCUGGUCUACGAUGGUUACCAGCACACCAGCAUUGCAAGCCUCCCUGGCAUGUGGGAACGCACCCUGACCAUUGGCAGCGCUGGGAAGAGUUUUAGCGCCACUGGCUGGAAGGUGGGCUGGGUCCUGGGCCCAGAUAGCCUCGUGAAGCACCUGCGCACCGUGCACCAGAACUCUAUCUAUCACUGCCCCACGCAGGGCCAGGCUGCAGUAGCCCAGAGCUUCCAACAUGAGCAGCUGCACUUUGGCCAACCCAGCAGCUACUUUGUGCAGUUCCCACAAGCCAUGCAGCGCUGUCGGGACCACAUGAUACGAAGCCUGCAGUCUGUAGGCCUGAAGCCCGUGAUCCCCCAGGGCAGCUACUUCUUCAUCGCAGACAUCUCAGACUUCAAGAAGAAGAUGCCUGACUUGCCUGGUGACAAGGAUGAGCCUUACGACAGACGCUUCGUCAAGUGGAUGAUCAAGAACAAGGGCUUGGCGGCCAUUCCGACUUCCAUCUUCUACAGCAGGCCACAUCAGAAGCACUUUGACCACUAUAUCCGCUUCUGUUUUGUGAAGGAUGAGUCCACACUGCAGGCCAUGGAUGAGAAGCUGCAAAAAUGGAAGGAAGAGCUCAGGCCCUGACGUCGCCUGCUCCACCCUGCCCCACCUGGUUCCUGCUUGCUCUUUAUCUGGGUUUCAGCCAUUCCCAGGUUGGGUGUAGAUUGAGCCUGGGCCCCCUUCUCUGUGUCAUGGGAUGCCCCCUUUCAUGGAAGAAAGGAAGAGCCCUCUUUCUUGGUCCUGGUGGAUUCACGAGCACUUCCCACAGUGCCUAUAUUCCUGUCAUGGUGGUGAGGUGGACCUGACCUGGGCCUCUCCCUGCUCCUCCCUAGAUUGGGUCAUAGUCUUGGGCCCCCUCCAUAUUCUCCCCAGACUUGCCUGGGACUCAACGGACAGAGUCCAUCAGUGCACUGGUCUUGAGCCCCAGCCCUGCACUGGCCCCAGCGAAGGCUCCAGCAUCCCUCCCUUUUCUUAUCUAGUUCAAUAACCUUGGGAAGUAGUAGUCUUUAGGCUUGAGUCCUCCAAGCUAGUACUCUUCACCCAUAAUAAAGUUUUAAGUUAUUCCGGCUCUUA